AUGAGAACAUUCAUUAAAAUACGGAUUCCUCAGUGCCUGCAGAUUCUCAGGUCACCUUGCAGAUUAUUCCAUGGAUACCACAGGCUUCUCUCAUCUCAGAUUAUUUCAUAUUAUGAUUCUAUAAACCAGUGUGAAAAGGAGCUACCAGAAUAUUUCAACUUUGCAAGUGAUGUCUUGGAUAAGUGGUCACAACUGGAAAAGGAUGGAAGACGACCAGCAAAUCCAGCUUUUUGGUGGAUAAAUGGUGAGGGAGAGGAGGUGAGGUGGAGCUUUGAAGAACUGGGAUUUCUGUCCAGGAAGACAGCUAAUAUACUCUCUGAGGCAUGUGGUUUGCAGAAAGGAGACAAAGUUAUAGUAGUUCUCCCUCGGGUCCCUGAAUGGUGGCUACUGAAUGUAGCCUGUAUGCGAGCAGGAAUUGUCUUUAUUCCAGGAACAUCCCAGUUAACAGCCAAAGACAUUUUAUACCGACUCCAGGCUUCAAAGGCCAAGUGCAUCGUUACCAGUGAUACACUGGCACCUGCAGUGGAAUCUGUCAUGCCUGACUGCCAGUUUCUGAAAAGCAAACUAAUUGUAUCUAAAGGCAGCAGAGAUGGAUGGCUGAACCUCAAAGAACUCUUUGCGAUGACAUCUGCUAACCAUGAAUGUGUCAAGACAAGGAGUCAAGACCCAAUGCUGAUCUAUUUUACUAGUGGAAGUACAGGCUCUCCAAAAAUGGUGGUGCAAUCCCACAGCAGUUACGGCAUUGGAUUUACCGUCAGUGGCAGGUACUGGAUGAACUUGACUCCGUCAGAUAUAAUGUGGAAUACUUCUGAUACAGGUUGGGUAAAGUCAGCUUGGAGCAGUGUUUUUGCUCCAUGGAUCAAUGGAUCAUGCGUCUUUAUACACCAUAUGCCUCAGUUUAAACCAGCAGUUGUUGCAGAUACUCUAUCAAAAUACCCCAUCACCACCUUUUGCACAGCCCCCACGGCCUACCGCAUGCUGGUGCAACAUGGUUUGAGCAGCUACAAGUUCAUGAGUCUGAAACACUGUGUAUCUGGAGGCGAGCCACUCAAUCCUACAGUGAUGGAGCAGUGGAAAAUCCAAACAGGCCUGAAUAUCCAUGAAGGUUAUGGCCAGACUGAGACAGUAACAAUAUGUGCCAAUGUGAAGGGAAUGAAAAUUAAACCUGGUUCUUUGGGAAAAGCCUUGUCCCCUUAUGAUGUGCAGAUCGUAGAUGACCACGGGGCUAUUCUCCCUGCAGGAGAAGAAGGCGACAUUGCUGUCCGAAUCCAACCUAGGAGACCGUUCUGUCUGUUCUCUCAGUACUUGGAUAAUCCAGCGAAAACCGCUGCCACUGUGCGCGGAGAUUUUUACAUCACUGGAGACAGAGGGAUUAUGGAUGAAGAAGGAUAUGUCUGGUUUGUUGGAAGAUCUGAUGAUAUAAUUAAUUCCGCUGGAUACCGUAUUGGUCCGUUUGAAGUUGAAAGUGCAUUAAUACAGCACCCUGCAGUCUCAGAGUCAGCUGUUGUCAGCAGUCCUGAUCCAGUUCGAGGGGAGGUGGUCAAGGCCUUCAUUGUUUUAGCUCCUGCUUUUGUAUCACAUGAUCCAGAAAAACUGACUAGUGAUCUUCAGCAGCAUGUCAAAAAUGUGACUGCUCCUUACAAGUAUCCGAGGAAGAUUGAGUUCGUUCAGGCUCUGCCAAAAACUGUUGCUGGGAAAAUCCAGAGGAAGGUUCUAAGGAACAAAGAGUGGGGAAGAGCAUAAUGUGAUCCAGAAAAGGAGGAAAAAGUAUUUCUACCAUCCGUACCAACCAUCGCACAGCAUUUGGACCUGUCAUGUUAUCAUUACCCAGAGCACUAAGCGAAUAUGUGAGAGAACAAGCUACGAAAGAAAACAAAGAAAGGAGACAAAACUCAUGACUUUUAAUGUAUGUUGAACAGUAAUUCCGUCAUAGCUAUAACAGGGUAUGUGAUU